AGAAAUUUGGUUCUGUUCAUGAAUUGUCAGUCUAUGAUUUUCCGGUUUGAACUUGUUUGCAGGUUGUUCUUCGCAAAAGACUUCAUCGUUCACGAGCACCUUUCGUCUGCUGUUGCCAUGCCGUUCUACGCUGAGGAGCCAAAAGCUCUCGAUGUUCAAUCAACAUCCUCGGGACGAUCGAACAACGGCUCUUCAUUACCGAUAAGGGUCUUAUCAGGUUUGGUGCUUGUGCGCCAAGUGACGGAAGUACAUGAUGAUGAUCCCAGGCAUAGCAGCGGUUGCCAGAAACGUGAAGUUGAAUCGGACUUCGUGUCAUCGUCGUAUCCUUCUUCCAAGAAAUUGAAGACGGACAAUACAGUGGAUGAGCCAACGUCUUGUAGGGUCUUCAAGUGUACAGCAUUCGAAGAGCCAACAAUUCCUUCGAAAAUUUUGCAACAGGCUCGGAAGGCGAAGAUUUCUGAUUUCAAAUUCGAUACUGAUAGAUAUGCAAUCUGUUACACGGAUGGAUCCUGCGUCACUAAUUUGAAAACUUCCGGAGUUGGAGUCUGGUUCGGGAAGGAUCACGUUGCGAAUAUUUCGGAACCCUUACCCGUUCCGGGCACGAGUAACCGUGCAGAACUGACGGCCAUUCUCUAUGCAAUCCACGCUGCGAAGGAAGCCGGCUUGAAAAAGCUGCGGAUUCGGACCGAUUCCUCAUACGCCAAGAAUUGCAUCACUGUUUGGAUGGCGAAUUGGGAAGACAACGAUUGGAAGACAACCGCUGGAACAGCUGUCCUAAAUCAAAAUGAAAUCCGCGCCAUUCGUAGAGCUCUAUCUUUUGUGGAAGUAGAUUUCAAAUGGGUAUCAAGAGCUGAAAAUGGAGAUGCGGAUGAGCUGGCGAAAGCCGGUGCGGAUGAAUCGUUGAGAAUUUACGGGAGUGUGACUGCGGAUGCCUCAGCGAUCAUGAUGACCUCAUCGAAUGCUGAUGACGAGGACUCGAUCAGGGUCAACGACUACAGUACAGUGCAGUGUAACCCUGUGUUGCUGCUUCAUGCCCACGGCCCAUCAUCGACCACGCAUUUCUCAUUGGAUGGAUACCGCGCCUCGAAGACUUCCCGUUUUAGGAGCUUUGGAGCAGGGAGUUCUCCAUCUCCUUCACCGAUGAUGGGAGAAUUCAACAAGACUGGUGGAAUGUAG